AUGGAGAGCUCAUGCAUAAUUCAAAUUGAUAAAGAAACUUCAACUCAUUCAAAGACUAGCAGAGGUAAGAAUGACUGGAGAGCUGACCUUAUUUCCCAAGCUCGUGUGUCUCCCCACUUGUUGAAGUCACUUCAACCUUGUACGAUCCUUGAAAAUGGAAAGGUGCUACAAGAACUGAAAGCUUCAUUGAAAUCAGUGGCCGAAAUCAACAAGAUCAAUGGGCUUUUAGCUGUGUUAGAACAUUUACUUUUGACUAAGAUUACGGAAGAUGGUAAAGAAGUACCUAACAUUCACCUAAUGUUUGAAGAUGCCCUGGAACUUUUUCUUGGCUUUGAUACCAGUUAUGUACCAGGUUCUAAAGACAGUUAUGAUGUAAAAAGGUUUCAGUUUGCCCUGCUUCACCCAAAAUGUGGCUUGUGUGUUUAUAUAUUUAAUCCAUUAUCAAGAGACGGGUACAUCAUCCUGAGAUCAGAUGAUGUAGACUUUUCAACAUUUUUAGUACAUUUGAGUACUGAUCUUUCCAGUAAAUCUAUAAAUGAAAGCAGAUUUCAGCUGAAUAAAGAGACAGUCCAGAUGCUGCUGAAGUCAAUGGACUCUGAAUGGGAUAAAAAAGUUGUUAGAAUUAUCCUUGGUGCUGUGUAUUCUCUCAAGGAACUUUCAAAACUUGGCAUUGAUGCUACUAAUGUUGCAGCUAAUACCUCUCAAGUUCUGGAAAUGGCAAAGGAAUGCAAGAAUGCGCACAUUGCUGCAGAAGAUAUUACAACUCAAAAUAUCGAGGAACAAAUAAAAAGUGCAAAGACUGAAGCAGAUAAAAAAGAGGCCUUGGUGUUACAAAAACGGGCACACUGGCCAGUAGAGAAAAUAACUGAACUUCAAGAGGAAAUAAAGAAAGUACAAGACCAUGCAAAAUAUAUGGAGAAUCUCCUAACACCUACCACAAAACAGCAUCAACAGCAAUUCAAAAGGAGGUGCAAGAGAAAAGCUGAAUACCUUAUUCAGAUACAUCGAGUAAAAAGGAGGCGCUUAAGCAACCAAGGUUUGGCGUAUAAUUUUUAAGUUUUAUUUUGUGUAUUAAAUUGUAGUAAAAAUCCUCGCUUAUACUACACCAUUGAUAAAUAAGUUUGGACUGUAAAUUAUAUUCUAUGCAUGCAGUAUCAAAUUUUCUACCUGGAUGAGGGAGUAUAAAACAUGAUACAAUGGCCCUUUUGACUUCAAAACACUGCAUCAAAAUAACUACAGAAGUUUAAAGUGCAUUAUGCAUAUUUUAUAUAGCCCUGGGUAUGGCAGCCCCUGUUUCUAAAUCUCUGCUGACAGUGCUGUGUUUUCAGGAAGACCAAAACUUCUUGAUAGUGAAGAUGAGCAAUUUAUUUGCAAGGCAAUAGAAGAAAAAGCCACUUACCAUGGCCGUCGUUCAGAGCCAACUAUGUUCACCAACAGACGAGUUAAAGUCCGAGAUCUGGUUGGUAUUGCCAAUUUCCACCUCACCAAACGAGGUAAACCUACUUUGAAGUCAUCAACAACUGUGCUGAACCGGUCUAGACCCAGAAACAAAAGAAGUAUACAGGGACGAAAGCAUAUAGGUUGGUAUGAAUACCUAUAUUAAGUGGGUUGCUGAAUGAAGUACAUGAGUGUGUAAAAUUCUAUUCGCAAUUAGAAAAUUUGUUGUUUUAAAAAAUUACUGGUUUGUAUUAAAUGUUGGUUUCUUGACACAUAUUUUAGGGAAGGGGCUGUUUUGCUGUCGUAAGCCACCAAAAACUGAGAAGGCAUUAAAUGAAAACACCCACUACCAAAGGGCUCACAAAAAGAAUGUCGUGAUGUCUUUUUUCUCAUCUGAUAGCAGAACAAAGCCAAAGUAUUGUUUUGCCCGGAGCAUUGAUGACAAUGCUUACUUAAGGCCAGGUAAUUUUACAUUUCUGUUAAUUAUAGUAAAGUGCUACUGCAAUAAAAAAAUUAUCCAUGACCUAGUAUAUCAGUGAAAUGUCAAAUUUAGAUAGAUGUCUUUUUGUAGUAGUAGAGCAGUAGUGUUUUGUUCGAUAGGAGUUAGCUCCUACUUUUUCCACGACAUCCAUUUUGUCAUUGUAAAAUAACAAUGCAGCACCAUUGUUAUUACAAUACUUUUUAACUUGUGUCGACCCAGGAACUAGCGAAGGCUUUGGAAACACCAGAAAAACGCGAAUACUUACUCCAUCUGCUGAGAAAAAAGCGAGAAAGUUGCCCAUGUAUGACUGGCCGGAGAAAAUGGUUUAUAUAACACCUUCAACUCACCGAAUUCUGCACAAAGAAGGUAGGAACAGUAACAAUGAUCACUUUGGCAGUUUGGCAAGUAGAGCUGGCCCAAUACUCCUAGGCCCAAACUGUAUAUGCUUAACCUAUUGGUCAACAAUUGAUUAAUAGGCCAAUGAAUCAAAUGUACGAAAAAAGUAUCUUCCAAUAAUUAUGAGAAAUAUAAUAUUAACGAAGACUCAUACUCAUAUAAAAUAAUUGUCUUCAAUGUAUUUAAACUAUAAAAAGGCUGACAACAUUAACUCAAACAAUUUACUAAAAUGUGAAUAAAAAUUUAAUAGCUGUUCUCAAUGAACCAACAUUUGGUCGCGGCGUAGCGCGGUAAUCGAUUGCCGGAAGAUGUGAUCAAUCGUUGAAUUAAUCGAUGCAUCGAGUGCAGCUUUAAAUUUAAACUACCCGGUAAGUGUUAAUAAAUAAAGUGCUACAGUACAUAUUUUAUUGAUUCAUACAUGACUGUACUUCUUAUAUUUGAAAUUUUAUAUUAGCCGUCACUGUACAAGGUGAAGAAAAACUCAUCAAUGAAGAUGACACGCACGUUGUGUUCAUUCGACCGAAGGCGUUUGUAGAUUCAUCCGGUACAACAUGGGCCAAUGAAACUGAGGAACUGAGAACUAACCUUUCAGAUAAGUUUGAAGUUGCUAACGAGAACGAUCCCAAAUAUUCCGCAGAGUUUAGAGGUACUUGUGCCCGUGUGCAUGAUGACACAAAACUUUUUGUGGAAAUGACAAAUGCAGAUGACUUAGCAAAUGUAACCUCUUGCAAAUUUCCCGAAAACCCGUAUUGUUAGUACGAGAAAGAGAGACUCUCGCAUUUAAUGAUUCGCUUGGAAUCAUCCUUGUCUUUGUGUGGUCGCUUUAAUCUAAACGAAGCAGAUCUGAAGUUUCCGCCUGUGACACCAAGAUGGGCGGAUUUUACCGACGCUGGACCUGGAGUUGCUUGUAACAAUUUCGAAGUACAGUUCAGGGAUGCUGAGUUAGCGAUUAACCAUAACAGUGACUAUCGGAUCAGACUGCAUUCUUCCAGGGGUAAUUCGUCUGAUAACGAGGCCGAGAGGACUAACAGCGCAAUCGGCGACAGUAUCGUAGAUGGCGCAACACUCCAGUGGAACAAACAUAAACGCUUUGAUGGACUAAGUGAUGAAGAUAUAAGUAAACUGACGGUGAAAGAGUUCGAAGAACACGAGACGGAUAGAAUGGAGAAGAAUGCGUGGUACUGUGCUAAUGAAAUUCGCAAUAGGGUUGAUGGGGCACCAGUGUUUAACGAGUUUAUUAAAUGUUAUUUAACUCCAAAGCAAAGCCCUUUCUUUUUCACCAAAAAAUACUUAAAACAAUUUCAAAGUUGUACUGCCGCUGAGUCAAAACAACAGGUUCCUGGUUACCACUACAUAACGAAUGUUUUAAACUUUAUUGAAAAACACUACAGAAUUGGUGAACUAUAUAUGGAAUAUAUAAGGGACGGAUGUCGGGAAAAUGGAGAGGUAUGCAAGAAAUGUAGUGAAAAGGACUGGGUUGGACCCAGGUUCUCCAGAGUUUCUGCCCCGUAUCCGGAUCCUGAUAAGCCAGGGCAUUAUAUGAGUGUUUUCAACACACCAACCACAGACAAUAACGGACAGUUAAGGGAAGUGGAUGAUGUCGCUCCCAGGGCAGUGAUAAAGCGUCUAUAUAAAGCUGGCACGAUCUCAUCGGACAAUGUCGAACAACUUAAAGAAGUAUCCAGUCGCUAUUGUGUUGAAGAGAAGGAUGUCGCAUCAUAUGUUAAACACCUUGAAGAGUUGAAAAUGAUGUCUGCUAUCAGGAAAACGAAAGAAGAAAAAAACGAGAAAAAGAGUGCAGCAAAACCUAUGAGGACUACGACUGGAAUACCCUCAUUGAUUCAGGAAAACUAA